CACAGCAACAUCGCAGGAGGAGCAGGGACAACAUCGAUUCACCUCUUUGAUUUGAUCUGGAAAAGGAUGGCUCUUACACCCGGGAGAGACGACUACCUGAAGGAUUCCAAGUACUUCAUGGCUGUGGCUUUACUGGCUGCAAAGAGGAGUGAAGACCCCAAUACUCAGGUGGGCGCCUGUAUAGUGAACCAGGAGAAUAAGAUCGUGGGGAUCGGUCAUAACCAGAUGCCAAACGGCUGUGAUGGUAAGCUGACAUGGGCCCGCGAUAGAACUAAAGAUAAUAAACAUCUCUACGUGUGCCACGCAGAGCUGAACGCCAUCAUGAACACUAACGGUGCGGAUGUGAAAGGAUGCAGCAUGUACGUGACUCUGUUUCCCUGCAACGAGUGUGCCAAGCUCAUCAUCCAGGGAGGUAUAAAGGAAGUGAUUUAUCUCUCUGAUAUGUACGAAGACAGGGAUGAGUUUAAAGCCUCCAAAAGCAUGCUGGAGCUGGCAGGAAUUAAGCUCAGGUAAGUCAACU